UGGCAGACUCCCGGAAGUGGGUUCUUAACACCACCUCUUCCACUUCCGGGCACUCCACCUUCCCGCCUUCCUGCCUCCGGGAUCGUGCUGCCUUCCCGCCUAGCCUUCGGACCCCUCCGCCUUCCUGCCUCCGCCGUCCAGCCUCGUGGCCUGGGCCCCUGGACGGAAGCCGCAGGGUAAACCUCGCCCCGGGUGCCAGGAGAUCGCCUCCCCACGGACCCCGCCCGCGGCUGUCUUCGCUCUACCGCCGCCAUCAUGAACAUCCGCAAUGCUGUGCCGCAGGACCUGAUGAACAUGCAGCACUGCAACCUCCUCUGCCUGCCCGAGAACUACCAGAUGAAAUACUACUUCUACCAUGGGCUGUCCUGGCCGCAGCUCUCAUACAUUGCUGAGGACGAGGAUAGGAAGAUCGUGGGCUACAUCCUGGCCAAGAUGGAGGAGGACUCCGACGAUCCCCCGCAUGGCCACAUCACCUCCCUGGCAGUGAAGCGCUCACACCGGCGCCUUGGCCUGGCCCAGAAGUUGAUGGACCAGGCCUCCCGGGCCAUGAUUGAGAACUUCGGCGCCAAGUACGUCUCCCUGCACGUCCGGAAGAGUAACCGGGCCGCCCUGCGCCUGUACUCGGACACCCUCAACUUCCAGGUGAGUGAGGUGGAACCCAAAUACUACGCGGACGGCGAAGACGCUUAUGCCAUGAAGCGGGACCUCUCGCAGAUGGCCGAGGAGCUGAGGCGGCCGCUGGAGCUGAAGAAGGGCCGGUCUGCGGAGCUGGGCCCCAGGGAGAUCCAGGCGACCCCCGAGAGCACGCUUCCGGGAUCGGAGCUGCCCCGUCUGCAGAGGAAGAAGCCGGCCACGGGCAGCUGUGGCAGUGACAGCAGGGAGUCCAGCGAGUCCACCGACAGCCCCGGUGCCCAGGACAGCCCCGAAGACUCGGACUCCACCUCCUAGGCCCUG